AUGCGUAGAGCUGAGCCUGAGAAUGCUGCUGAUAAUGCCACUGAAUGUUUAACGCAAACAACUACGCUUCCCCCCAUUUCGAGACUCAACCAUGACGUUCUUCGUUAUAUAUUCUCUCUGAACGGGCAUGCAGACUCAUGCUUCACCGAUGUUGUCUCUGGUAGGGAUCUUGACGAUGUGGAGCAUCCUCCCUUAUCGGAGGCUUCUUUGACUGUCACUCGGUAUAGUUCGCAAGUUUGCCAGGAAUGGCGCGAGUUGCUUCUUAAUUCCCCUACUAUAUGGGCCACUGCAUUUGACUUACAAUGCUUGGAUCAAGUUACAGAUGAUUGGCGGGAUGAGGUUCUCAGGCGGACAGCAGAUUCCCUACUCACAAUUAUCGGCAACUUGUCCAGAGGACGUCCAUCUACAUAUUUUUUCAGUGAACUCCUUGAAAUCCAUUGGUCCAGAAUUCGCCGAUUGCAUGUGAGCGACCACCGGAGCGGACUUGACGACGUGGUGUGGAAUGCUCUCCAGCAACCUUCUCCUAACCUGGAAAUUUUACGCAUCGAUAUGCGCUUUGUCGUCAGUGACUUCGCCCAGGUCUCUUUGUUUGCAAACUGUGCACCCCAGCUCCAAAGCCUUCAGGCCCCGAGUCUGUCUAUGAAACCUGACAUGCCGUGGUUGUCCAAUAUCAGGCAUCUUUGGAACUUUGAUAUGGACAUUUGUACAGUCCAAUCGGGAUUUCUUCGCGUUCUAGACAAGAUGCCACAUCUUGAAUCCAUAUCCUUGAAUGCAGGUCAAUGCUUUUAUCAGUCAAUUGCCAACCGGGACAGCGACGCCAAUGCUGUCGCUGAUGACCCCUUGAUUCAUGUUUCCUGUCCUCGCCUUAUGCGUCUGGAACUGAACGGUGAUAUUUUUCUUUUCUCGCCCAUUUUACAGUAUGUAACACCUUCUGAAAAUUGUGUACUACUCCUCAAUGGCGAAGCGGGCUUUACAAAAACAUUUGGUCUUCCCGAGGCUACGGAAUUCGGCGACGCUCUUUCUACGUUCUUUCGCAACUCUCCUCGCCGCAGAAUCCUUCAUCCGCCCAAGAAUCUCCCCCUGCUAUAUUACACCCUCACAAAGACGGAACUGUGCAUCAUUUUCACUCAUUCUUGUUUUUCCAAUGAUACUAUCUUCGUCGUGAAAUCCGAUGCCAACUCUAGUUGGCAAGACCUACCUGGCCAAAUCUUACGUGCUCUUCCAAUCUGCACUCUUGAAGGCACCAAGGACCUAUAUAUUACACUUGACCACCUUCCUGUCCAAAACGACACGGCUCAGCUUUUGAAAUUAUUCAGGCGUCUCGGAUACUUGGAAAUUAUAUCCUUGAGCUGGCGUACACUUUCAAUUGUUAACCGCGUCCUUAGCAGUGAGCAACCCCCGACCUCGAAACCGAAUAUCAUAUUCCCGCACGUUAACACGAUUUCUUUGUACAUGAACGGCUUUAGGUCUGAUCCACUGGGAAACGUGCUGCGAGAGUUUCUGGUUCGCCGCAUUGAAAUUGGAAUACCUAUUAAAGACAUUUAUCUUCGUAAUUGGGGAGACCAUGACGAAGCGUUUCCUCUCUUGUUUGAUAUAGUCGACAACUUCAACUGUAAACUCCAUUUUAUGAAGAAUUCACGAGAUACCGGCGAGAUGGCCAACCAGUAA